UUAAACAUAAAAUAUGUAAUUAUUAUAUUUUGUUAACGGGGUCCACAGAAAUCACAUCGUUUAUUCCGCCACCUACGUUGUGAUGUCUAUAACCACAUCAGCAAUCACUUACCAGCGCUAUACAAACUACAAUUUUUUUAUUUUCGUUGUAAAAGUAAGUCAGUAUAGAAGCGUUAGUUACAUAGCUUAUAUCGCGAGUGGAGGUUAUUCCAUUGUCACUUCUCGUUGAAGAUCGUCGAGUUCUGUUAGCAUCAUUUCAGUGUGUACCGAAAAUGGCGUCAACGGAAAUUGAAUUCGAAGAUAUAAUAGAAAAAUUCAAACUUUUCUCUCCUUAUCAUUUAAAACUGGUUGUUCUGCUUGCGUUCGUCAGUUUUAUUGACGCUUGGCAUCGUGCUAAUUACAUUAUGGUCGUCGAAGACGUUGAUUACUGGUGUAAAUACGAAUGUAAUGAAAGCCAGUUUCUUAAAGUUAUUCGUAACGAAACUAAUCUAGACAGAUGUUUGAAGUACUCAUUUACUGACAAUUGCGCUUUCGAUGACCUUAAAGAAAGAAGCAUCGAAAACUGCCAUGACUGGACCUAUGAGAAACCUGACAGUUUUAUGGGUGAAUUCAAACUGGGAUGUCAGGAUUGGAAAAGAACGUUAGUGGGGACUGUCCACAGCAUGGGUCUUUUGAUCGGCUUACUCAUUAUAGGACCCCUGUCUGAUAAAUACGGCCGAAAAGUCAUAUUUAUACUCUGCGGAAUAGUGGGUGGCAUUGUUGGAUUAGGCAAAAGCAUAACGGCGUGGUACUGGAUUUAUGUAACACUGGAGUUUGUUCAAGUCUUAAUCGGAACUCCGUUUUCGGCAGCUUUUACACUGGGGAUAGAGAUGGUACCGAAACGUAACCGCCUACGUUUUCUUGGCCUCGUUUCAUCUUUCUUCGGUGUCGGCGACAUCACCCUCGCUCUACUAGCUUGGUCAGUACCGUACUGGAGGAACCUCUUGAGAGUCCUUUACGCACCAUCUUUCAUCUUCUUAAUUUACAUCUUCGCAAUGGACGAAAGCAUUCGAUGGUUGUUGAUAAAGGGAAGAAAAGAAGAGGCAAUUAAUAUCAUACAGAAAGCAGCUAAAGUGAAUAAAAUCCACAUCAGCAAUGAAGAUCUGCAUCGUAUGAAAAGCGAGAAAACGUCAAAAAACACGGGCCUUCUGGACCUGUUGAAGAUAACGAUGAAAUCGAGGAAGUUGUUGCUGAGGACUCUGAUGUGUGUUUUGAUGUGGAUGACGUCAUCUUUCAGUGUUUAUACUCUAUUAAUCAAUUCCGUCAGUUUGGCUGGAAAUAAAUACUUGAAUUACGGUGCUGUUGCUUGUGCUAGUUCAAUGGCAGUUCUAUCGGGAGGUUUUUUAAUGGAAAAUCUCAAACGAAGAGUUCCUCUUAUCACCGGGAUGGGUAUGACUGGUCUUAUUUUUAUAAUUCAGUCAUUGGUUCCUAAAGAAUUAUUCCCAACGUACACGAGAAAUACUAUGCAUGCAUUUUGUUCUUCUGUCGGUAGAAUCGGAUCCAUUUUAGCCCCUCAAACUCCACUGCUGACACAAUAUUGGUCGGGCAUUCCUUCCAUGCUAGUGGGGUCCCUGUCUUUGAUCACAGCCAUCGCUAUCUUUCUUGUUCCUGACACAUCGGAAGACCCGCUACCAGACACGGUGGAAGAGGCUGAAGCUAUCGGACACAAAAAGAACAAUAUCUCUAAAUCAAGAGUAACAAUAAUUUCAUCAUGUUGUUAAAACACUUAUCUAUUUAUUAACUACAAAUUUUCCAAAUCAACAGAAUUUAUGAAAACUUUUAAUUUUACGAAAUAAAAUUGUGACUUAAUUAAAACAGCUAACCCAGGGUUAAAUCUUUUUUUUUUUUACCCUGCGAAUCCCAUAGGCACGGAUACCUCGUAAGAAGUUCCCUGAUCAACUGAAGCAUGCCUGAUCGUAAACAAGAACUUUAUUUAUUUAUUUAUUUAUAACUUCUUAUACUAUAAAGUAUAAAGGCGGACUUAAUGCCAUAGGCAUUCUCUAACAGUCUACCUUAGGGGAGUGCAGAAAUAAAAUACUCGUGAAAUAAUUCUACGUUAUAAACAAAACAUUAUUAUGACCCUUAGAGUAGCUGCUGAAAAGGUGUGUUUUUUUUUAUUGCUUAGAUGGGUGGACGAGCUCACAGCCCACCUGGUGUUAAGUGGUUACUGAAACCCAUAGACACCAGUUUUUGUGAUAAUAGCGCGGGUGAUAGUUGAUAUACCAGCCAUGUCUCGCUCGGAGGCUAGUACAACGGUUUGGAAAUAGAACCAAUCAAUUGAAUGCGUUACAAUUAUUGCAACCCAACCUACAAGGAUUUGUGCGUUCGGUACGAUUAUAGACACUUUUGUCGUGGCGCCGCAUUACAAGAGUGUCCCUGUAACCUUCGAGAAUUGAGGCCUAUAAAAUCAAAGGCCUAUAAUAUCCAAGUCUGUCAAAUAUUCAGGUAAAAUACAAAAAUCGGCCCUAAACACGUCAUUACGGAUCCUCCCGAUCCAUCGAAGUACUGCUCUUGCUAGGGCCAGUGUUAGCAACACUCCCGCAGGUGUAUCACGUAUUUCGCAGACAAUUAGCAGAAGACAAAUAUUGUGCAAAUAUUGCUGUCAACUGUCCAUUUCGUAUUACGGACUUACAACAAAAAAGCAGAUCGCGGACCAUCACUAGUGCUGCCUCUGCAGAGCGAUUUGUGAAACUUUAGUGCAUUCUUUUCCAUACAACUAACAACAACUGGCCUAAAGUCGGUAUUACGGAUGCUUUUGUUUGCCACACAACAGCAGAUAUUUUUUUUUUUUUUUUUUUUUUUUUUUCUCCCAUUUCUUGGCCUGCACGGUUUGUGCGUCAGCCACGCAAAAAGGUUAGGAAGUGUGUUAAUGGAUUUAUUUUUUGGAUUUGAAAUUGGAACGGAAUUUGGAAAAAGGAUCAGGUAUAUAUAUUAUAUAAACUAAGUACAUAAAUGGUUACAAUUUUAUAUUAUUAUGAAAAAUGAAACUAGCUAAUAUUCUAUAUACAUCAAUAUUGAUAUUAGAUAAAAGGAUAGAAAUUGAAGUAGGAAAAGGAAUUUUAAUGGACAAAAGUGAGGAAAUAAAAGCGGAACGGUCAUUUCGAGGACAGGCAAAGAAUAUAUGAUUAAAAUCCCCAACGUCAUUGCCACACUCACAUAUAUCGCUAGGCAAAAGGUUAAGCCUUGCCAAAUGCAAGGGAAUGCAUGCAUGGCCCAGCCUCAUGCGAAUAAGGGUCGAUGUGAUAGCUUUACCAAACGUCAGAUUUGAAAACCACGGUUUAGGAGGUAUAUCCACCUGGAUCGUGCUGUAAUAUCGACCUUUAGUCUGACUUGAAGAACGCCAAAUGUGAGUCCAAGAAUUCAAUAACUGGAAUUUAGGAAGCAGAGCUAAAUCACAACAAAAGUUUUUGUACGGAACCAAAUCUCCAUCAUUGACCGCAGCUUUGGCAAGGCUAUCGGCCUUGGCAUUGCCAAAGAUACCCGAGUGCCCCGGAAUCCAAGCAAAGGAAACUGUGUAAUUUUUGAUGCAACAUUGAUACAAUAAAUCACGACAUGCAAUAAUCACAGGAUGAUUAUUUCGGUUACUGUUAAAAGGAAAACGUUCCAAGGCUUGGAGGGCACUUUUAGCGUCAGUUAAAAUUAUUGACUUUUUAAGCUUCAUCAUUAAAAUGUACUCCAGAGACUUCAGAAGACCAAAACAUUCUCCAGUAAAUACUGAAGUCUCUGGAGGCAAUUUUAUUUUCUGAACAAUGCCAAACUGUUGAUGGAAAAUGCCGACCCCCACACACUCCUCGGGACCGGGUUUGGAGGAAUCGCUAAAAAUUAAAUGACAAUUUUUCCAUCGGCUGUCACUGUCAAUAAUAUCAACAAAUUUGGCAUUGAUAGAAAGAUCUUGUUUACUUAGGCCGAAAUCAAAAAUAAUAGAUGGAUUUAAAGUUAGGGCAUCAUAGUUAACACAAAAUAUUGGAAGGAAUUGUGAUCUAUGUGUAGGAGCUUGAAGAGCUAAGUACUUUUGGAGACUAACAAUAAGGCAUGGCGGCGAUUUAUGAGCCCAGUACGGAUAAUCCAUACAUUCCAGCAGAGACCGUAACUUAGUGUAAAGAGGAUGAUUAUAAACUUGGAAUGCUCUAAAUAGAAACCGGUCACAAAGAAAUUGUCGUCUGAGGUGCAGGGGGGCUUCAGAACAUUCGACCUGCAAAGCGUUAAUAGGGCUCGAACGCAUAGCCCCAGCAAUUAUUCUCAGAGCCUUAGACUGGAUAAUGUCUAACUUAUGGAGAGCUACUGCAUUACAGGGUUCAAGUAUAAAUGUUCCAUAGUCCAAAAUACUCCUUAUUAGGGCAUUAUACAAAAGCUUUAGAGAGAAAGGGUGGGCUCCCCACCAAACUCCAGAGAGGCAACGCAAUAUAUUUAGAAUCUUCUCACAUUUAUCACUUAUAUAGUAGCAAUGAGGGCUUCCUGUAAGUCUUGAGUCUAAAAUUACCCCAAGAAAUGUUGCUUCACUUUUAACAGGAACUCUAAUGUUAUUAUAAAAUACAGACACUGAUGGAGGAAGCCUCAUACGUGAAAAUAAGACUAUAAUACUUUUAGGAACUGAAAGGCUUAGAGAGUUAUUGUCAAGCCAAACUUUUAGCAACUUAAGAGAAUAUGUGACAGUAUCAGACAUGUUGUCAAUAGAAUCACCAGAGACAUAGAGGAGUAAAUCAUCUGCAUAUUGGAGUGUGUUAACUUUACCCCUAAGGGAGGCUUCCAGAUCAUGAGAAUAUAUAUUGUAAAGUAAGGGACUUAAAACGGAGCCCUGGGGUAAACCUUUCCAGACAAUACGGGAUUGAUAAGAGUCUUCUGAUAUUACUUUAAGCAUUCUACCAGAGAGAAGAUUGAUUAUGAAACUUAUGAAAAUUUGUGGGAUAUUCAAAUUAAUCAUUUUUUGUUUCAGAACCGAAAGGUUGACAUUAUCAUAGGCUGCAGACACAUCUAAGAAUGCUGCUAACACAGACUUAUUGUAUGAAAAUGCCAAUCUUAUGUCUGUCAUAAAAAUGCUGAGACUAUCCAUCGUACUCCUACCUUUCCUAAAUCCAAACUGGUUAGGAGAUAGUAACCCUUUACUCUCAAUAAACCAUUCUAGUCUAUUUUUAACUAGAUGUUCGCAAAUUUUGGAAAUCACUGAAGCUAAUGCAAUUGGUCUGUAUGAUGAUGGAUCAUUAAUGGGUUUGUUGGGCUUAUGUAUUGGGAUAACUUCAUGGAUUUUCCAUGAUGGAGGAAUAUUACCUGAUGUUAAGAUUGAAUUAAUUAAACUGAGAAAAUAAGAAAGGCAGGAGUCGUUCAGGUUUUGAAGAAAAGAAUAUGGAAUUCCAUCACACCCCGGGGCUGAGUCCCUAAGCCUUGAAAGAACCCCUUUGAGUUCUGAAAGGCUAAAGGAAAUGAAUGAAUCGCUACUAUCAUGCUGGGAGAGGAGAGAAGGCUGUGAGUCAGAAGAAAUAUUAUCUAUAGAUGGGACAAAUGGUGGAGCUAAUUUGUCAAGAAACAAAUCAACUGUACUACUAUCCAUGAAAGGAGACCUUGGAGGUUUGAAAGCGGAUCUGAAUCUACGAAUAUUUUGCCAAACUUGAGAUGGAGAAAUUUCUGGUGAAAUUGAGGCACAAAAAGAUUUCCAGCUAUUGAAUCUUUUUUGUUUUAAUAAUUUACGAGUUUUAGUUAUAAGAUUACUAAGAAUAUUAAAAUUUUGUGUUGUAGAA